AGAGACCACGAGGCAAGCCUCGCGUGGUUUGAGGAGGUUCCCUUCGACCCUUGCGGUAACGGCCGGGUCCAGGCGUCGUCCUCCUGACGCGCCCCUUCCCACCGCGAGGAUUGUGCCCAGUCCACCGUCUCCCCUCAGCCCUGUCCGCCCGGACGUGCGCCAUGAGCUCCCACAGUGGGGCGUCAGGCUUUAGCGAUGGUAGCGGCCCAGAGCGCGAGGAGCAGACCGCCGCAGGUGGUGGCGGAGCCUCGCGGGCAGCAGCAGCAGGCUUGGUUUGGGGGCCAGCGGGCAGCGGCGAGGGCCAGCCCCGGUGCGAGGGCGGAGGGGACGGCGGGCCCUCCAGCGUGCAGGCCCCCAAGUGGCAGCUGGCGUCGGAUCGCGGGGCCGAGGUCCAGCCGCAAAUGGCCCAGGCGGGGGCGGGCGUGCUCUGGGGUGCUGAGGGCCCGCCUGGCACCCCCGUCCUGGAGGGCGAGGGCACGGGGGCUCCCGCGUCCCAGGUCGCUGAGGGCUGUGCGGGCCCCGAGCGGCCACUGAGCGGCCCGGGGGACGGGGCCCGGCGCCGACUGCCGAGCGCUGAGGCGGCCGCCAUCUUGGCUCGCGUCGAGGCCGGCGGUGGCGGCAGAGGCGUGCUGGGGGCGAGCUGUGAGGAAUUCCUGCAGGCUUGUGCGGCCCCUCUGCAAGUGAGUGCCCGCAGGGAAGGCCGGGCCGAGGCCCGCAGCGAGAUGGGAGGCGGCAGCCCUCGGGGGCAGCGCGCCUACGGGGAAGGCCCCGAGGGGCUGUCUUCCGGCUCAGAGGCCUCCUCCGAGCUGGAGGACGUGCAGCCCAGGAGGGGGAGCAUUCGGCUGAAAGCAGGGGGCCAGGCCAAGGGCAGCAGCUCCGAGGUUCUGGCAGAGAGCCCCAGGCACGCGACUCCCCACAGCAGGGAGCAGUUCGCCCCCACGCCAGGCCCUCCCCGCACCUCUGCGCGGGGUCCCACUUGCCACCCAGAAAGGCCGGCGGCGGGGGAGCUGGGGCCCUCUGCCUCUAAGAAAAUGCAGGGCGAGGUGUCCGGGAAGGCAGGGGCCAGGCCAAGGCACCCAGGAGCGGCUGCAGCUGCUGCCAGGGCAGGGGGCUGCUCUCAGGCCACUCCCCGGAGGAAGGUGACCCAGGAGAACCCCCCAGGGGUUGCCCCCGAAGUUGGCCCGGGCGCAGCCUUUGCUCCCUGGCUCCAGAGGCAAGCCACAGCUCCCCGGGAAGCGGCCGGCUUGCUCCCAUUCUGCACUUCACUGCUUGGCAAGCCCAGCACAGCGUUCCCUUGGGGACGCAAGCCGUCGAAGCAGGGUGGCGCUGGGAAGAAAGCUCAGGCCAGGAGGAAGUCCCAGGCUGUGGAGACUCGAGAGAGUGGCGCGAAGAGAGAUCCAGUCCCCGGUGCGCACUUUCUGUCAAGCAGGCCCCCGACGUCUUACCAGCAUCGUGGAGAAUUCAGCAGUGGGGUCCCUACCCCCCAAGAAGUACGCGCUCUGAGGAACCUGCAGUCCCUGUUGCAGAGCUCGGGAGCUGUCCCACCUAGAGGCCGUGCACGCUCCGGAGACCAGGAGCCACCUGUCCGUCCUCGGAGACCAGCAGUGCAGCAGUUACCACCUGGAAUCGAGGGCUGUCCUCGGUGUGUUGUGCUACAGAAGGAGGUAGAAGACCUUAAAGAAGAACUAGAAGAAGUUUCCACAGCCAUCUUGAUGUACAUCACUAAGAAGUUCGGGGGGAUGUGAAGGGGAACCCAGAAUCCUCCACCAGACACAGAGCCGCUUCCCUCCAGAUACACGUCAAUAGGACCUUCCUCUCUGCGUCUGCUUUUGCCCCUUCCCCUGUUCACCCCAGUUCCAAGUUAAAUUACCUCUCGUGUUCUGUGCUCUGCCCUCUCUGGCGCAUUGGGAGCUGCACCAUGUCCGAGCGUUUUACAUGCAGUUCCCCUGUUCUGUUUGCACCACAAUAAACUUGUGUUUUAAUUGCA